GCCUCCAUAAAUAGAACAGGAGAUGAACAAUUAGCAUAAAACAAACAUCUAAUUAUCUCUUUUGUUGACAGUACAAAUGUCAGAGUGCUCGCAAAAACUCAAGUGGCAACGUUGACUCUGAGGAGGGUUUGCGCAACACUGAUUUCAGCACUACUCUGACAGUGUUUGGACUUAAGCCAAGAUCAGCCUUCACCAGAGGAAGCCAUCAGGAGAUCAGCUCUACAGACCCGAGCUUCACGAUGAGAAGGAAGAUGGAGCACUUGAGAGAGGAAAUGGAGCAGAUAGGACUGUUACGACAGAACAUUGAGUCCAGGCUCAAGGUGUUGCUUCCGGAUGAUGUUGGAGCAGCUCUAAUGGAUGGAGUUGUCCUUUGCCAUUUAGCUAAUCAUAUCUGUCCUCGGUCUGUAGCCAGCAUCCAUGUACCAUCUCCUGCAGUGCCAAAGCUUAGCAUGGCCAAAUGCCGGAGAAACGUGGAAAACUUCUUGGAUGCGUGUAAGAAGCUGGGUGUCCCACAGGACAAGCUGUGCCUGCCGCAUCACAUCCUAGAAGAACGUGGCCUAGUGAAAGUGGGUGUGACUGUGCAGGCUCUGCUGGAUCUCCCCACGUCUAAGGCCACGCAGCUCUCGACUGUUUGACACGAGCCUCAGUUUUGCAUCGGACCAGCACUCGUGCAGGAUCACCUCUCUACCAAGCCCAAACCUUCUUCCUCAUUACCAGGGACCAGAGACCCCAGUGGGGCGAGGAAACAGUGGCCCCAUGGGUCUUUUGGAGUCGACUUUUGCCUGACUGAAACAGGAGACAAGAUGUCUAAAUGCUUCUGUCUCUUCAUAUGAUGUCAGCUACCACUUACCUCUUUUCCAUCACAUUUUCACUCUUAUGCUGUUCCUAUUACUGGGGUCAUCCUGGAUGCGUGUUUUCUAAGGUGCUGAGCUAAAACUUGCAGAAGAGGCACACACGACGGUGAACCUAAGACAUUAAAGGCUUGUGCGUCCUUCUUUCUAGUCACUGAGUCUGCGAGUGUCAGCACUGACCAAGUGGAAGUGAGGAAAUGACAGACACAUAACUUACUCUUUCACUGGAAAGGACUAGGCUGCCUGUACUGAGUGACCUUAUUGGGUACUUACACUUGAGUUGCUCUUCUUACUUGUUAAAUUUAUUUUCUCCGUGAAUUUUUUCUUGAUUUUUGUUUUCAUGGUUUUACACAGUCUUCAUCAGGCAUGCAAGGAUGAUAUCCUGUUUUCAGCAGCUAAGCCUGAUUCAUCAAUUGUUUUGUUUUUGUAAUGCAUUUAGACAGUGCUUUUUGAAAGCCGGUGUAAUCUAGGAAUGAAUUUUAUGUUAUUAUCAUGCAGACAGAGGACUUUCCGCCUGUUUUUCUGGUGCAGUUUCAACACCUUUCAACCAUAAAUCACAUCUGCAUGCACCAGGGGACUUGACAUUUGACCACUGUGAUAAUACGAACUUGGCUUUUGCCAAAAGCAUGAUAUCUUGUUUUGUACUGUAGCAUUUUUUUCACUGUGUUUUUUUUUUUUUUAAACUCUAGGCCAUUCUCGAUUUUACCUUUUCUGAAGCUUUUGAUACUUUGCUUCCAGCUGUUUCCAGUUAAUGCUUGCCGUUUAUGUGAAAUUAGCAGCACAGAUCUGCUGUAUUGUUUAUAUUCUAUGUGAAUAUUAUUUGUGAACGGCUGACUGAUGGGUGCCUGGAUCCGAAAAUGGUUCAGGGUGCCCUUACAAACUUCCCACGCACGGUAUGGUCUUAUUUUCCCACUAAGCCAUCCUGUUUAGUGUGGUUUCUAAUACACUUUAUUUCAGGGAAAUUCUAUUAUUUAUCUAUUUAUUUACUUGUUUUAACUGUUUGAUUUUUGAUUUGUGUGUCUCUGUCCUCACUACCUGCCCACAUGCAACUGAAGAUGUUAAUCUCAUGUUUUCCAGCAAAUGGGAAAUGACUAAAAGCUUUUAACUUUGGCACUAAUCUGUUCCAUGUGGUGGAUCUGAGAGUUCAGUUCACUACCACAUGAGAAAACACACGACAAAAACAGACAAAACACAAACCAGAAAUGGAAACCAUAAACUAAUCAAGAGAUCUGAAGAAUAAUUUUCUUUAUUUUUAUAUAAACA